AUGUCGUCGCCCUUCUCGGGCCUCGCCAUGGCCUUCCCCCCUCUCCCGCCCCUUCCUCCUUGCCCCUCCACCAGCGACAAUGCUCUCCGCAAGUCUGCCCCUCCUUCCACCUACACCUCGACUGUCCCAUCGGGUCCAACAACAUCCCGUGUCCGGCCUAGAAGGUCACGCGUCUCGUUCCGAGACGAGGUCGACGCAUUGGAAGAGCAGCACCGCCGUCGACCAAGGUCGCACGGUCCACCUUCCCCGUUGCUGGCACCAGCCCGGCGCCCGUCAGCAGACGCAGAGGUCGCAGUGCGCAAGGCCACGUCGGUCCGCCCAGCUCUGAAGCGUUCUUCGUCGUCAACACCGCUGGGUCCUUCACGACGUGCAUCGGCAUCGACAGGAGUUGUAGCAUCUACAUAUGACGCGUUUGACGCGUUCCGGCCUCAGACCCUCAGGUACCCUCGCGUGUCUCCUGCACUCGCGCGCCUGAGUGACGGCGGCUUUAGCAUUGGUGGUGCCGACACAUGGUCUGCAGCGUCCAACCAACACAAGCAAGCCACCAUUGCAGCCACCACAUCAAAGUUGACCGCGUCGCCCACCAAGUCGUCUUCCUCGGAAGCGACCACGACAACACACACUACGGCUGCUCCAAAGGACAGGGAACCCGAGCGCGACAACCGUGCGAGCGUUCAGGUGACAUCCGCACGCGUGGCGCGCAAGCCGCGGUCGCCGAUCCCGUCCUGGUCGUCAACGUGCCCGUCGCUCAGCUCGUCGAGCCACCGCGCAUCAGUCGCGUCGACCUUGACAGCUCCCUCGAUGACAAGCUUGUUGUUGUCGCCCCAGUCGCCUAUCGACCGGUACCUCCCCCCCAUGCCAACGUAUUCCUUUGGAGAAGAGGGCCUUCCCGGAUCUCCAAUGCCUGCAAAGGAGGCCAACCAGGUCGAGUCUGCUGUCGAGCCCACGACUCCAGGCGCCCAUGCGCCUUCGUCCAAGACAUAG